AUGUUUCGUCGGGUGAAGACAGCCAGCGGGAUGGUGCCGGUUGAAGCAGCGGGAGAGAGCCCGGACGGAGCCCGUUCAUCAUGCGGUGGGCUGAGAUGUUCCGUGGCCUUACUCGUCGUCUAUGCACAUCUAUGUCUUUUCUUUGGGAUUGGGAUAUCGACGAGCCUGACAGUCUUUCUCGACGACAUCGUUAAGGAAUUCGACUCGACUAUCACAACACUGGGCAUAUUUUUCUCUGUUCGAGCUCUCACGUUUGGUCUAACAAGUCCUCUUGCAUCGUUCCUGGCCAAACGAUAUGGAUCACGAGUGGUCAUCAUGACCGGAGGGUUUCUGACCGCUGCAGGGGUGAUGAUGACCGGAUGGGCGAAUAGUGUGGCGAUGGUAGGGGUUGGAGUCGUCUUGUUAACAGGUGUCGGCUCAGCUCUGGUUUACAUCUCUACCUUGAUCUUUAUCCGCCAUAACUUUCCUGAUUCCCGCCACUACGCGUUAGCCAAUGGGAUCACAGUAUCAGGGUCUUCACUGGCCGUCUCUGUCUUUGCACCAAUCACACGCCUUCUUUCAGACACCUACAACUGGCGCGGUGCCCUCCUCAUAUCAUCCGCCAUCAUCCUACAUACCAUGGUCUUUGGUGCGCUAAUGAGAAACCGGAAGGCCAUACCGAAAGGUCAUAGAGAGCGCCUCAACGACAGUGCAUCCGCAAUAGCACUCAUAGACAACCACACGAACUCAUCAAGAGUGACGUUAAACGGUGGUUCGUCACCGGUCAUAGAGAGUAUAUCAAAUGGGCAUGGGAGUGGGCAUCAUCUAGAGAACGGCAAUGGACUAUAUGCAGAGAGUACCUUGAUGACGAGUUUUGAUGGAAGCGAAGCUCAUGAAAUGACAGAGAGCUUUGAACACCACGAACACCACGAACACCACGAACACCAUGAACACAUGCAACCAGAGGUUGUUCAAAGAACUAAAGAACCCAUUCUUGCGGAUAAACGUUCGACCCUUCUUCAUGGUCUCCUUCUCUUCUCAAUAUUUCUCUCUACCUCAUCUUACUCCGCUGUCUUCGUAUACCUAGCAGCCGCCGGGACGGAGAGGGGUCUCACACCUAUAGAAUCAGCUGGUCUCCUCUCGGCGACGGGGAUCUCGCAAGCCGUAGUCCGGUUCGGCCACGGCUUCCUGGUCACCGUUGGAUGCAUCAAACCUCUUCCUCUCUACAUCAUUGUGCAAUUCAUCAUGACAAUCGGAAUCCUUGUCCUCGGGGUCUUUCAGCGGUACAGCGUAGGCUGUUUCGCAGCCAUUUUGUUCGGGAUUGGGACGGGUAGUGUCCGGUCUCUCAAUGUCGUAGUGCAGAGAGAGGUCGAUAAAAGGGCUGGAUCAACUGCUCUUGGUAUAAUAGGACUAGUCAGUGAGGUUGCCGCAGCUGUCGGAGGACUAUUUGCAGGUUUGUUGCGAGACCGAUCGGGGGAAUACUUGGCCUCGUUUAUGGUUGCCUGUGGGAUGACAUUCGCUUCGACGCUUCUCUCUGUAAUCAUCGUGUUACUCCAGCGGUUCAUUCCAUGUCAACCAAAGAACCACGUGUUAACCUGAAGCUUGAAGACUGAACCUUAAAGACACAUCCAUGAGUCAGAUCGGCCUCCAUCGGGACAUCAAUGAACCACGAACCACGUGGUUAUCUGACGCUUGAAAACUUGAGCUUUAUACCUCGGUCACACGGCAAUGCAGACCCUAACCGACCGGUAAUCGAUAAAAUCUUGUCCUUGCGAGGGUGGGACUAUUCUUUGUCCGGUCUGUCAUCGGGUCUGGUUUGGUCGUGUCGGUAUGACUGGGGUACGAAGACUUUUCUAUGAGUCAGAUCGGCCUCCAUCUGGACAUCAAUGAACCACGAACCACGUGGUUAUCUGAUGCUUGAAACUUGAGCUAUAUACCUUAGUAGUAUCUCCAGAACGACCCAAACCGACCCGAAUCGACUGACGAUGGGCAACACCUUGUUCUUGCGAGGGUAUAGGUCUAAUGUAAAAGUCUGUGUGCGGUCUGUUGUCGGUCUGGUUUCGGUCGCGUCGAUAUGACGAUGAUUACGAGUCAGAUCAAAGAACCACGUGGUUAUCUUUAAAGCCCGAAAACACAUAUUCACUAGUCAUUCUGUCACCCCUGGGAUAAAAAAAAACAAAAAAAAAACGUAUUUUUCUCAAUCCUGAAGACUCAUUCAUGAAUCAUUUUUCUGUCAACUGAUGUCGAAAGAAAAUGCAAUGGUAAAGUCGUUGCUAGAGUCAUUAAGCAGCUAAGAAUUUUGAAAGACUCGUCCUCAGUUUUUAAACGAGAUGCUUUGUUUUUGUGACAGGGAUAUUGGGCAUUUGGUCAUUCUGAUCACAUCAUGCUGACAUCAGAAGCCAGCUUUUAGAGCCCUAUGAUUGGAUACAUCAUUAUGCGUUAAGGUUGAUUUAAGAUCAAAUUAAAUCAGUGUGAUGUUAUUAGUUUCGUCUGAAAUAGUGUAUUGCCUGGGUGUAAACAUUCUCCCACUGGAUGGGGCUAUCUGGUUUACACCAUAUAGGAUGAUUACAUCACAGUCAGAGGCGGCACCCGGCUCUAAUGUUAAAAGUGGGAUGUGGUGCAGGGAUUUGACUUGGGGGGGGGGGGGGGAAUGCUCCCACACGUGCACCCUCCCCUUGGCCACCACUGAUCACCGUAAAUUGGCAAAUAAAGGGAUGCCAAGCAUUAAACUGGUUGUGGGGCGGCCAGUGCCUUUUAAUGUUAUGCAAUUUGGACAAUCAGGUAUUAAUUUAUAUUGACCGAGUCAAUUCGAACUAUUUUGUCUAUAUUUGAAAUUAUAAGGCAGUGUAUAAGUUAUUCACUUAAUCAUGAGUCUGUUUUAUGAAAGUGCACAAUGAUAGCAUGCUACAAUUCUAAUGAUUUACUGUUUUACAUGGGCCAAGUGCUUUAAAACUCACCAGAUGAUUAUUAUAUUCCUUACAUAAACAAAGUUCUUUUUAAAGUCUGGUACAGACUUACACACAACACCACUGUAAGGGAUCACUUUGAAAAAAAAGUGAAUCAAAUUUGUAUUGAUGCGUGGUACUGUUUGUAAGCAUUUUCUUUGUUUAAUUGGUAAACCUUACAAAAUUUGUUCUAAUGAUAAAUAGCAAAAUAAACAAAGUCGUUUUAUACUGAAUUGUGAAAUUGUCUAGAAGUGGCUAAAACCCAAAGUAACUUUAAAUGACAUAUUGAUGACAGUUGCAGGUAUCAACGGGCACAUCUAGGAUUGUGUUUGAAGUGGGGAUGGGGGGGGGGGGGACAAACAUAAUUCCUGAUUCCCCUCCCCUUCUUAACCACUAGCCCUACCAUGGAGGUUUACACUCAAGAAUGUCUGUUUUCACAUUAUUUCAUAUAAGGAAGAAUAAAGCGCACGCAGUUUUUUUUUCUAGAGAAAUCUUAAAAUAUAAAAUAUAGUAAUUGAGGAAAAGCUAUAUAAAAAAAAAAGAUCAAUGUCGCUCAUUCGUCCAACUUUGUGAUGCUUUACUACAAGUAUGUAUUCAGUCACAUUCGUACUACAUGUCAGCUAAAGCAAAUACUGCAUGUGCAUUCACUUUUCUUGUCUUGAGAUGUUCGUCUAAUAGUAGAAUGUACGGUUGCAAGUUUAAGUACAAUCAGUAAAUGUGUGGUAAUUAUGUUGUGGAAUAAAUGAAGUAAUAUUAUCAUGUCAAAAGAGAUUAUUUACAUAAACAUUCAGUUGAGAUCAAAUGCAGGAAGACUUGUAAAUAUAUUUAUAGUGUAUUGAUAAGUUUAUCAAUAAUAUUAUGUGUAAUAAUGAUUAUUGCAGAGUAUACCUUGCUAUUUAAGAUGUAGAAAUUAUUUAAUGCAAUCGUCCGCAAAUCAAUAUUUUUUGACAGCGUAUAUAUUUGAUUUUUAAAGAAAUAAAAACCUUUCUUCCUUUAUAGCACAA